AUGAUAAAGAAAGGUAAUAUACGGUUGUUUUGGAGUGCUUUAAUUACUGAACAUACUGUUGUUUCAAUUACUAAUCAAGUGGCAACAGUAAAUGUGGGUGGUGUUUUAGUUUCUGGUAUACAUGCUGCUUCUCUAGCUGCUGAUAGAAAAGAAUUAUGGUUAGAAUUGGAGCAAGUGAAUAGUAUGGACUUACCAUGGCUGUUAAUUGGGGAUUUCAAUACAGUCUUAAGUGUGGAUGAGAAAAAUGGAGGGAGAACACCUUUAAGAGUAGCAAUGCAGGAUUUUCAUGAAGCUUUGAAUGUUUGUAAUCUAAUUCGGGCUCCAAGUUCUGGUUUACAAUUUACAUGGAGUAAUAAUAGAGCUGGUAGCAACAGAAUAGUUUGUACCUUGGAUAGAUCAUUGUUUAACCUAAAAUGGAUUGGGAAAUAUUCUGGAUGGAACUAUAAAAUUGAAGUGAGAAGUAUUUCAGUUCACAGUCCCUUACUAGGAUCUUGUGUUAAUAUCCCUAAACCUAAAAAUGUUCCAUUCAGAGUACUAAAAAUCUGGUUAGAACACGAGGAUUUCAAGAGUCUGAUAAAAGAAAUAUGGGAUGAGGAAGUAAGAGGUAAUCCAAUACAAGCUACAAAUGCUAUAACUGAGCUGGAGGAUGCUAAUGGCACAAUUAUUACUGAUCAACACCAAAUUGCACACUUCCUAGAGCAAUAUUUUGAAGAGAAGUUUAAGUUUAAAAAUGUAGCUUUUGUUGAUGGAGUUUUUGAUGUUAUACCUGAAGUAGUUACAUCAGAUGAUAAUAAUAUGUUGGAAGGUAUCUAUUCAUCUCAAGAAAUCAAGGAUGUUGUCUUUUCACUCAAUGCAGAUAGUUCUCCUAGGCCAGAUGGCUUUCCAGGUUUCUUUUACAGAUUUGCUUGGGAGAUAAUAGGUGAGGAUUUGAUAAAAGCUAUCCAAUACUGUUGGGGAAAAGGUGUUAUACCAAGAUGA